AACCAACGAUUUGUCGGAAACACCAUACAAUACCUUGAGACAGCGCAACUCCUAUGGUUAUGAUCGCAUAACUCCGCAGCUUGUUAUGAGUGGCCUCUGAGCUCUUUGCAAAUAUAAAAAUCGUUCUUUCUCACGCUCCAAGGACCGAUUGAUCAAAUUGAUACUUUCAAUAUUUAUUAAUUCAAUAUCAAAAUGACUACUCGCAACCCUCCCCAGUCUUUUAUUUCGAGUUAUGCUCCACGAUUGCGCACAUAUGCGAAUUCGCUACUUACGCCAGUCAUACAACCAGCGACAGCUGUUGCGGCACCACUCGGUCGGACAACCAAACGAGGAACUACGGCAGUAAACUAUGCGGAGGAUGGAUACGACUAUGAGGAGGAUGAAGAUGAUGAAAACAAGAGAAGGCCCACGGGUUUAAGGAGUUUACGAAGGGAAGAUACUGGACAAGCAAAACAAGACCCCGCGGACAAGGUUGGCAAGGAAGCUACUGCGCCAGUAGAGGUUCAGGGAAUAUGGAGAGAUUGGAUGGGCAAGCAGAGGCCGGGAAAGACCGACAUGCAAAACUAUGCGCAAGUAGCAUUGCCAUUGACAUUAAUCCCGAUUCGAAUCGACCUUGAUAUUCCUUCCUUCACACCUCCUGCGCCUCUACCAGUUCCUGUAAAUAUUCAAGUCUCAUACCCUACGAUUGAUACCUCCCUCCCUGUAUACAAGCCGCAAGAGACGACAGUGCCGUAUCGCUUGAAGGAUGUGUUUUUGUGGAAUUUACACGAGACAUUGACGACCACAGAUCAAUUCGCGCAAACCAUGGUACAAGAUUUGGACUUGCCAAACAGAGGACAAAUGGCGGCGGAAAUCAGCAAGCAGAUCCGUACACAGCUUGAAGAAUACGCUGGUGUGGCUCUUCAUCCGCUCUUUCAUUCACAGCAAACGGCAAUGGCAAAUGGCACUGUAAACACCAUCAAACAAGGACCAUCGUCUCGGGAUGCUUCAAACACACCUGCUGCUGCAAGUGGAAAUGCCACCCCAAUGCGAAAUGGUAUCGGUCAAUCUAAUGGAUUUUCAACCCCUGCUAAACCUACUACUGCACAAUCGCAAGAUAUUACCGCUACUGCUACCUCGAUAGCACCCGAUUCUGAUGAAUAUAACCCGGAUGACAUGUACCGGUGCAUCAUUAAUUUAAACAUCAACCUCUCGAACCAUCUCUACACAGAUAGAUUUGAAUGGUCAUUACUACACCCUCCAGGGACAGCUGAAAUUUUUGCAAAACAGACCUGUGCAGAUCUUGGAUUACCCGGUGAAUGGGUCCCGGCCAUGACACACGCCAUCUAUGAAGCAGUUUUAAGACUGAAAAAAGAGGCAUGUGAAAGUGGUGGUUUGGUUGGUGGUUAUGGAGGAGAUAUACCCAAUGAUGCUGCACAUGGCAAGGAUGCUGGAUGGAGAUAUGAUAAUGAACAUUUAGCAGAUGAAUGGGAGCCAAAGGUUGAGAUCCUGUCAAAAGAAGAAAUUGAGAAACGUGAGGGAGAUAGGGAGAGACAAAUUAGGCGAAUGAGGCGAGAGACCGCUCGAUUUUCGUCGAAUUCCGGGAUGGCAGGCGGUCUUCCGACACCUGGUGAGAAUAGAGGAUACUUUGAUGAGCCACCAGCUGAAGAACGUAUGGGACGCGGUGAGAGGAGUAAGAAGAAGAGACGUUUUAGAAGUCUUAGUCCACUGGGGAGAUCUGGGACACCUGGUGGAAGAGGCACACCAGACACUGGUGGUAUUAGUGGGUAUGGUGGAGGUGGCAGUCUUACUGAGUUCGAGCGGAAUAGUUGGAGAUGCUCUCACUGUAAAGUCUGGGGAACAUCAGUUUGGUGUGUCAGGGACGGACCUUCCGGCCCAAGAGUAAGUUACCUUGAUUUUUUGAGGAUCACAAUACUAAUAACUUUCAGACUCUUUGCAAUAACUGUGGAUUCCUCUUUGAACGAGAUCGGAAGCUACCUCGAGGGGCCAAGGAUCUGCACAGACAAGAUAUCCGCUCAAGUGAUUACAGAUGAAGACAAUUCCACUGUUUGUUGCAUAAGCGGGUAUGGCAGAGUUCUGCUUUAAUUUUCAUGGAUUUAGGGAUGCUUGCUUUACUUGGAGUCUGAGAUGGGGAGCUUUAUAUCACAUGGCGAUGUGGUAAUAUGAUCCGGAUCACAAAUGAUUUACUUCUGGCACACAGUGAGGAUAUGUUUGAGUAGGGAUGGAAAAGUCAUUUUCAUAGAGCAAUGACUUUCUAAAAAGAAACUUUUGUACAAUAAGGAGCUUAGGCCAAUUAAUGAAGUCUGAUCAGGAAAUAUGAGCAUGAUAGUCUUG